AAUAAAACGUGAAUAAAAAUGAGACGGUAGCGUUUUAUCUUCAGAUACCUCGGCUCGACAAACAUGCUGCAAACGGUUGAGGGGGCGAUGUCCUGGGAGACUGAUAGAUAACGUGUUAACGGAAGAACAAGAUCGAAGGCAAGUCACACAAGAAACAUGGCGGCCCGCACACGGCUGUCCUUGCUGUUCCCUAAAAAUCUGCCUCCGUUUAGAAGCCAAAGGCUCGUCCACACGGAGGCUGCGUCGAAGGAGCCCGCGUAUCCCCCCGUCAUCGCCUCUCUCACGGCUAAAAGCAAAUCUGCCCGGUUGCGACAGAUUCAUGAGCGGGUAAAGAAGAUAUGCGCCUCUCCCGUGAAGGAGAAGCUCUCCCUCAUCACUCGCAUCCAGCGGAAGAAAUUUGUGGUUAACCCUCAGACUUUCGCACGGAACGCAGACAGAUGGUACCAACACUUCACCAAGACCGCAUACAUCCCGGGCCUGCCGGAGAAGUUCACCCCGGGCCCGGAGAGGAAGACCGAGGGGGAGGAGAGCUCUCUGCCAGCCGCAGCUCAAACCACACUGCCGGGGCUUGAUCGCGAUGCGUUCGCGGACAUCCGCUCCUUGGUCACUCGUGUUAUUUUACAGGAGCACUGGCACCUGAAGAAAGGCAAACCUUUCCUGUACAGAAAGCAGGAGCAGAUGAUCGGACCUUUUCUGAGAACCCUGGUCACUGGACUCAACCACAGUUUGGCCAAAUACAACCCGCUGCUCCGCCUCUCCAGUCUGGAUAUGGCUCCCAAGGUCAACUUUUAUUGGACGAGAGGACAGAGUAUCAUCCAAAGGGGUCACCGAAGCGGCCGGCAAGAUCAAACCAGGUUCCAGAUCGAUGACCAACCGCAUUGUCAGAUCAGAAUAACUCAACAGCUGCAACAGUUCGCCCCACUGGAGGCUUCUUAUGACACUGAAGUUCCAGAGAUCACGUAUGCUCCUAACCUGAUGCCUAUGUUCAAAAGUCAGUAUGACAACAACAUCUUUACAGGGGCCAAGGUCCCAGACCCGGCAUGCUACGGUCACACUCAGUUCCACCUGGUGCCCGACCGGUACCACAGAGACCGGAUGGCUCGGAAGCAGCAGUCUGAUCAGGUGGAGGUCUUCCUCAGAGCCAAUGGGCUCGCCAGCCUGUUCGCCUGGACAGGAGCUCAGGCCAUGUACCAGGGUUUCUGGGACUGCCAGGACGUCACCAGGCCUUUCGUGUCGCAGGCUGUGGUCACAGACGGAGAGUUCUUCUCCUUCUUCUGCUACCAGCUCAACACGUUGGCCCUCUCCGUGGAGUCGGACACCAACAACCCCAGGAAGAACCUCCUGUGGGGCACCGAGAGCCUGCGGCUGUACGAGAGCGUGCAGGACGGAGCGGUGGUCGGUCUGAACGACGACGUCCUCAAGCUCCUGGUUCAGUUCCUCAUGAACCAGCCGUGAGAGGCAAACGCCUCGAGGGAGAUUGUGUGACCUCAAGAGGAAGAGCCCAACGUGGCGGACAUGAGGAUGUUUGUCAGAUUGUAUAACAUGUAAUGUUAAGCAUGCUCAAACUGACUGAGUAUUAUUAAUGUGCAGACUGUAGCCUAUUUAUGCACAAAUAAAAUCACGCUUUUCAAAUUGA